GUGCCGCGCGGAUGACGCCAUCAAGCAUUUCUCGUGCCACAUUCUCCAAACGGCGCGAGGGCACGCAUACGUUUUCGGUUUAUUUUCUCAGUUCUCGUUUUGUUCUCUGCUGUCACAUUGGACCCUAUAGCUGAUUUUGAUUCUAGGCUUCCUCCAGCCGUCUGCAGAAAGUUUGUUACCGUGAAGAGUUCACUGGUCGGCAGCUAAAGAAAGCAGCCUGGUCAGCUGGUCAAGCCUGUGGAUUUCUUCUGGCACUUGUGAUGGUGGAUGAAUGUGAGCACAAUGAAUGAUUUGAAAAGCUACAAGAGUUGAUGACUACACCACGCUGUCUCGUGAAACGAAAACAUGGGGAAGCAGAACAGCAAGCUCCGCCCUGAGGUGAUGCAGGACCUGCUGGAGAGCACGGACUUUACGGAGCAUGAGAUCCAGGAAUGGUACAAAGGCUUUCUACGGGACUGUCCCAGUGGCAACCUCUCCAUGGAGGAAUUUAAGAAAAUCUACGGAAACUUCUUUCCUUAUGGAGACGCCUCAAAGUUUGCAGAGCACGUGUUCCGUACUUUUGAUGCGAACGGCGAUGGCACGAUAGACUUUCGGGAGUUCAUAAUUGCACUGAGUGUCACGUCACGAGGGAAGCUGGAACAAAAGCUCAAGUGGGCGUUUAGCAUGUAUGAUUUGGAUGGAAACGGAUACAUCAGCAAGUCAGAGAUGCUUGAGAUUGUGCAGGCGAUUUAUAAGAUGGUAUCAUCAGUGAUGAAGAUGCCAGAGGAUGAGUCCACACCUGAGAAGAGAACAGAGAAGAUCUUCAGACAAAUGGACACCAACCGGGAUGGAAAACUGUCUCUGGAGGAGUUCAUCAAAGGGGCAAAGAGUGACCCGUCCAUCGUGCGUCUGCUACAGUGUGACCCCAGCAGUGCAGGACAGUUCUGAGAUCAGCCUCCUCUCAUGCUUCAACCUUUUAUUUAUUUAUGGGUUUUAAUUUAGUUUUUGAUAUAGUCGCAGGGAAAUGAUGGAGGGUCAGGUUUUUUCCAGACUAGGGCAUCUGGGUCUCGUCAGACUGAGCUUGGCCAGGUCUAGUAACACACACACACGCGUGCGCACACAGAGUUAUGGGCUGCGUUAUCUCUGUAGGGAGCCGCAAGAGGCCUGUGAUGGAGUGAAUUAGGGGAACUAGAGCAUUCAUCUAAGCUUGAAACACUUCCUGAUUAGAAAAGAGGUUUCAUGUCAUGUUAAAUACAUAGUUUUAUUCUUAUUUUCUCUCUGUAUUAGAUGCGACAGUUUUAACAAAGGCAGGAAUUUAAGAUGGGAAAUAGAGAAGAUAAUGUUUUAUUCCUAAUUCUUUUUUUAAUGAAUAAAUCUGAUGCCUGAAUCAUUCCUCAAGCAGUGGCAUCACUCUAGUUUUUGUGUGUAAACACCUCAGCCUUAGAGAUCCGAAUAUUGGGGGAGUUUUUAACUUUAUUUAGAUUAGAUUAUAUCGUUUCGAUCAACUCAUAGUUUGGCCAGCUAUUAUUGGCAGAUCACAGUAUUAUUAUCCAAUGGGACCAAUAAAUCAGGCAUGCAGAUUUUGUAAUUGUACACAGAAGAUUCCCCGCAUUAUACUUAAGAUCUAAAGAGCCUUAUUAGUGCUGGAAGCGCACAUUCAAUUCUGUGUGGAUUAGUUUGGUUUUAGUCGUACAGUCUACUGUUCAGAUGACAUGAAUUGAACUGCGUUCUCUUUUUCCAGUUUUCUAAUGUUUGUACUCUAGUAACUGUAGGCCUGUAUAUAAAUCUGAAAUAUCAGACACGCAUGCAAAACUGUACUCAAGAGUUCCAUCUUAGGAUGCAGCGAUCGGUUUUAUUGACGUUUUUAGCAAAAGCAUGUAACACCAAGUUUAUCUGCAUUUGUGGACGGGAGAGUAUUUGUGUAAUUUGUAUGCAUGUGUUGUGGUUAAUAUCAGUUACAGCCCUGUUUGCUCACCCUGGUUAUAGGUGUCGUGAUGCAUCGUUUGCAUUAUUGCAGAACGUUUUUGUUAUUGAAAAAGAACUAAAGCUUUAUUGAUUCAAAGCUAUACUUUGAUUAUUAGAAUCACUUUUAUCUGCUUACAGUCAGUCUUUAACUCUGGAUUGUACACAUGAGCAUCAAGUUACUGAAUUGCCUUAAACGCACUCAAGUGUUUCUGUGGGUGAGUGGUUUUUAUAUGGCUUUUUUUUUUUUUAAAUCAAGCUUCAGUUGCAGUAAAUUUGCUUGCAUCUGAAAUUAAAUUCCUUCACAUGUUGGAGAGAUUAACUCUGCUCUUCCCAUUCACCUCUUUAAUAGAUGUAAUUAUGUUGACGACCUCUCAUUGUGUUGUCAAAAGUACCAACUUCGAUACCAAGUCGGUACUGAAAUUUUAAAAAUGUGACGCUUUGAGCGCCGCUGAGCGGAUUCGUAAACGCCCCUGAUUGGCUAUUGUGUUCACGCGCUCAUCAGAUAUGUCUGUGAUUAGCUACAGUGAUCAACGCUUCAAAAACAUGUAAAUAGUCAUCAAUGACGCUCUUUGCCGAGCGCUUAAGUGUGUUUUCAAGUUGAUCAAGUUCGAGUUGAUCAUUGUAGCAGACAUAUAUGUUGAGCACAUGAACGCAGUGGCCAAUCAGAGGUGUUUACGAAUCCGCUCAACAGCGCUUAAAGCAUCACAUUUUAAAAAAUUUCAGUAUCGAAGUCGGUAUUUUUGACAACACUUGGAAAUAAGACCCGUUGCUUUUCAAAAUGCCCCUUGCACUCGUGUGGUAUCUAUACCUGUAUACAUUUCACUUGAAUUCAACAGUAGUUAGAAAGCAUUUAUUCAGAACUCCUAAUAGUUCCCAUAUCUCCCUCUGUCCUGCUUUUAGUAAUCAUGCCGAAGCCUCAGAGAUCCACACUUCUUCUGCUGAUGUUCAGUGUUUUUGAAUGUCCCUGUGAACAUCAAAUGCCUCACCACAGUGCAUUUGGUUCUGCUAUACUGUUAAUGAACAUAAUUGAAUGUUUUUAUUGUUUUUAUUUUACUCAUUGAACAACUGCUGUUUUUUGUAAAAAAUAAUGAAAAAAAGAAAAGUUAAAGUGGCAGGUCAAAACUGCUCUGUUAUUUCAUGUUUUAUGCAUAUUUUAUGUAGGUUUUUUUUUUUUUUUUUUUUUUAGUUUUCUUUUUAAACAUCUGACGUAACAUUUCUGUAUCACAAUUAUAUCGUGGUCAGGUGCCAAAAAUAUGAAUGCAGUAUUGUAUAAAUUUAUACUGUACAAUUGUUAUUUGUCAAACAAAUUGUUUGUAAUUGUUGCAUUUUGUAGAUUUUGUAUGGUAAUCUGUAUUUUGUGACUGUAGAUUUGAGACAUAGAAAUUUGUUUUGGUUAUCAUAUUGAGCGGAAAUUAAAUCUGGAGAGAACAGA